AUGAGUAUCCAGAAGCAGUUCCCUGAUGUGCACUGGGUCUGGAAAGGAGGUAUCUCCUUCGUCUAUGAGGUCCAUCCUCGUAUCGUGGUGAAGGUUCCGAAACCCGGCGGCUUUGAGAGAGAGCAAUUCCAGAAAGAACUGGAGAUCUAUAAGACUUUUUCGCAGAAUCCACCAUGCCCUUCCAUAGUGCAGUGUUUCUUCUACGCGGAUAACGGCAUUUUAAUUGAGUACAUGCGAGUUACCAAAGUAGAGAAGUUAGAAACUCUACCUCUACGAAAGGAAUGGAUGAACGACCUCGCUCAAGCCGUUGCUUUCCUAGAAUCGCUUAGUCUCGCUCAUGGUGAUCUACUGCCCGAAAAUAUUCUACUCGAUCGCAACCGAUUAAAACUCUCUGAUUUUGAUUGUACGGCAGAAAUUGGGACGGACUUUGAAGCUUGCAUGGCCCCAUAUGGAAGAUUACUCAAUAGCGACGAGCAGGACCAUGGUCGACGUGGAAGUUCCGGUUUCUUAGGUUCUCGAACCGAACAAUUCGCCCUGGGUUCUUUGUACUACCUCAUAAACUACGGGUUUGAGGUUUACGGUGAUCGAUGUCUUGCCGGAAAUCCUAAAGAGCAUGGACGCAAAGCUGUGGAUUUGCUGCAGAACAUGGAAUUUCCAAAGUUGGAUGGUGAUCCGUUAAUUGACAAGAUAAUCAGCAAAUGUUGGCACAAUAAGUAUGACACGAUUGCGGAAUUGGCUACAUACACAGAGGUGCUCCGUCUUCGAAGAAAUACCUGCAGGGGGCUCGAAGCUGAAACGACCUCCACGCCGCAAUGGCGUACGGUCAUAGGCCGCAUGUUUCGUGGGUUAUGGAAUCGUCUCAGAUCUUGGUGGGAUUUCCUGUUCUGUCACACCAGCCAAACAACCAAGCCUGAACUAACUAUUGGUGGAGAGCUGAAUGGCCAUAGCCAUGGCAUCGGUCAAAAAGUCUUAGAGGAUAUCUCUUCCAAAAUGAUAUUCUGUCAGAACCUGGAGAAGCGCGGACUUCUCCAAAUGCUUUCAUCAGGAGAGCCAGAGCAACUUGGAUUUACUCUCGAGUGGUAUAGACAUUCCACAGGUUAG